UGAAACCCUCUGUUAAACCCUUCCGCCAUUGCUAGUUUCCCUCUUGCACUCUUAUAAUGUACGGACAGCCACCGCGCAACGGCGGCGGAGGUGGCGGCUGGCGCAGCGGUCCUCCGCCGCAACAGCCACAGCCAGCGGUACCACAUGUAGGGUUUCAAAAUCAUAACUUUAUACCUUCUCAACCUCCAAACUAUUUCAUUCCUUCAAACCCCUUCUUUCCCCAAAACCCAAAUUUUCCAAUUCAUACCCCUAAUUUCGCAAACUUUCCAAUCCAACAAAAUCCUAAUUUUCAAUUUCAGCAGCCUCUGCAGAGUUCCUCGAGGGGUAACGAGGCUGUUGAGAGAGUUGAUCGAGCUGUAAUUAAGGCACGAAGAGACCUUAUAGAGGCUGGUGAAAAUGUAUCGGCAUGGAAAGUUUCACAAGCUGCUUUGGUUAUACUUAAAGCUGAUUCUUGGGAUUCUUUGGGUCUCAAAUUGCAACAAGUUCCCUCUCUUAACCGCCUCAUAGUUACCGAAGGGAAGAUUAAUGCUUUCAUCCACUGCUUUGUCGGUGUUCAAAGAAUUACCACAUUGUAUGAUUUGGAGGUAGCAAUAAGCAAGAAUGAGGGGAUUGAGCAGUUUGAAGAGCUGGAAUUGGGUCCGCUGUUGAAACACCCACUUAUUAUCCAUUAUUUUUCUGUCAACCCUGAUAUGUCACAAGUUUCCAGAAUAACAACUGAGGAGAUAACGUCCUUACUAUCUGAGUUCAUGGAUGCUGAUAAACAUAGAAAAGUAAAUGUAGAUGAAUUUUUGAACUUCAUCGCCGUGAAGAAAUCUGCUAAAACCAGAGAGAAGCUCGGUGUGCGGAUUCAGAGCUUGGGGAUGCAUAUUACAUUUAUCCAGCAAGCAAGGCAAUUCCAAACUACCACCGUGAACAAAUAUCUUAGUACGGUGAAAAAAGAAUCCAGCAAAAAUAUCAGGAAUCGCCCUCUCCUAUCUGCAGAGAAGAAGCAGUUAGAUGAGCAUUUCCGUGCCAUGCGUGAUCGUGUCAAAUCAUUUUCCUCAACCGAGGAGGAAUUUUGUGGUAAACACACAAGGUUUAUAUCAAGUUCAGAAAAUGAGAGCAGUGAUGAUGAUCAAGAUGAAAGUGCUGCACAUAGCCAGUGCAAAUUCCCAGCUGGAAAGAACAAAAGUUCGGACAGACCAACAACCUGUCCUUACCCAUCAGCUUCUGAAGAAAUGAUGCGGCUGGGUUUGAAAGCUGAAGUUGAGGUUAGCCCACAUACUGCUAGUGGCAGUGAUAGAUACAGUAAGGAUACUGGGCAAUCCAAGAGUAAAAGAAAACUUGAUGAUGUUCAGAGUUCCAUGGCUUUACCCAAAAAAGCACCCAAAAGAGAUGUGGUUCAGGCAGAGCUUCUUACUCGCAAGAAUAAAAAGGCAUCAAAAUUUUCUCAGAUGUGGAAUCAAGACUCCAAUGGUUCAAAUGAUUUUUCGCAUGGUGAUGAUUCAAUUAAGAUGUUCAUUAACACUUGGAAGGAGGCAUGCCGGACAAACAGUGUAGAUGAGGUUUUUCAGAGGAUGCUUCUGUUCUAUAAGGCAAGGAAAAAACCUAAAGUGACAAGAUUGUUUUCAUCAUAUCCAUUUUGUGGAUUGCUUCAAGUUGCUGUUACAUCUAUUAAACGUGGAAUGUGGGACACUUUGUAUGAUAAGCUCGAAAUAUUUCACCAAUAUGAAGAGACCAAUAGAGGCACUGAAAAUUGUGCUGACUCCAUCUGCAUUGAGGUUGAGUCACCUGAAAGGGAUGUUACCAAGCACUCUGAGAAGCUCCUGGUGUGUGAAAGUGGGGUCACUAUUGAGGACAUACAUAGUAAAAUUUCUAUGUAUUUUGAGGGUGAUGAUGAUGCCUUGUCCUUUGCAAGUUCAUACCAUGAGAAGUUCUUCUUCCUGUUGAAUAAGUUUUACAAGCUUGAAUCUUGGUUGACAGAGCAGUUUUCUGUGAAGCAUUUUGAGUCACUUGGUCAUGGGAAUAUCUUGCCUUUCUUGGAGAAAAAUAGGCAUUUGCUUAGUCAUGUUUUACCAAGGUUCUUAACAAAUGACAUGCAUGAGAAGCCUCCUCUCGAACCCUCAAUGUUUGAUUGUCAGUUUGAUCUAUUGUUAUCACAGGCUUCACAGUGUUUAUGGGAGAACGAAAAAGUAGACAAACGAAGGAUUGGUGAGUUACUAAUGAGGCAAUUCCCUUUAGUCUGUUUAAAAGUAGCUGGAAGUGACGUAAUGAUAGAUAUAGAGGGUUUUGUGAAGGCAAAGAAAGGCGAUGUGACUUUAAAAUCUGUUGUAUUCUCUGAAACAUUGCUCAAGGAAUAUACAUUUGGUAGAAAUAAUGAGAUUAUAUUAAAUAGAUCUGGUUUGGAGAAUGAUGUAGGUUAUACAGAUCGUCUAGUGAUGUCAAAAGAUGCCAUAAAGGUCUUGGUCAGUGCUCCAAUGUUGAUGGAUCUGAACUUGUGGUCACAUUGGGACAUGGUAUUUGCUUCUUCUCUUGGUUCUCUUGUGGGUUGGCUGUUAAAUGAUAUAAAAACCGAAGAAUUGUUGUGUUUGGUAACCGCAUGCGGAAAGGUUGUCCGUGUUGAUCAUUCAGCCACCAUUGAUUCUUUUGUAAACGUAUUGCUGCAAGGAAAUUCUUUUGAUACGGCUCUCAAACUGUUAUCUUUGCUGGUUUUAUAUGGUGGUGAAAAAAACGUUCCUAAUUCACUCUUAAAAUGCCAUGCACGUCAGGCAUUUGAAGUUUUGAUUAGAAAUUAUGAGGAAAUAAAAUUACAUGACAAUCAGGACUCACUCAAGCAUGACAUAUCUCUGUGCAGACAGCUCAUACCUGAUAAAACUACAUCGACUAUAAAUAACAAGUUAUUGAGGAAGGGUAGUGUUGCUAGCAUUGUGACCUUUGCAUCGAGAUUUGUUCUCGACUGUCUGGGAUAUCUGCCUGUUGAGUUUUGCCAUUUUGCUGCAGACAUCUUGCUUACAGGGGUGCAGCCAUUUAUCAAAGAUGCUCCUUCAGCUAUCUUAGGUGAAUGUGAACGGAUAGAGCAGCGUCUUAUGCUUCAUCGUGUUGGAAUGUCUCUGGGCAUUGUGGAGUGGAUUGAAGAUAAACACAAAUUAAGUGCCUGUUCUACCACUAAAUUGUUAAUGCCUUUUGGAUCAACAUGCUUGAAAGUCACAGAGCUUGAUUUCAGCAACAAGUCAACCUUCAUGCAAGAAUCAAACACAUAUCCCUUGUCUAGAAAUGAAAUUAGCCUCUCCCAAGAUCCAAUGCAGCAAAAUGAAAAUCGAGAUGCCAGUUGCUCUGCAGGUGUUAUAACCUGUGUUCGUCCUGAUAAUUUGGCUGAUAGUGCCACACAGCACUCAUGUGAGCUUGAGAAUUCCGCUGCCAGGGUUAUUGAAUCUAUUCAGCGACAAGAAUUUGGUCUGCAGCCUGAUAUUUCUCUAGUUGAAAGUGCAAUGUUGAAUAAGCAGCAUGCUCGCCUGGGGAGAGCACUCCAUUGUCUUUCGCAGGAGCUAUAUUCUCAGGAUUCACAUUUUAUCCUAGAGUUGGUUCAGAAUGCUGAUGAUAAUAUCUACCCCGAGGAUGUCGAACCCACAUUGACUUUCAUUCUUCAGGAUAAAGGCAUUAUAGUUCUAAACAAUGAGCGUGGCUUUUCUGCUGAUAACAUCAGAGCUCUCUGUGAUGUUGGGAACUCUACUAAGAAAGGACGUAGUGCUGGAUAUAUUGGGAAGAAAGGCAUCGGUUUCAAAUCAGUAUUUCGGGUCACUGAUGCUCCAGAAAUUCAUUCUAAUGGCUUCCAUAUUAAGUUUGAUAUAACUAAUGGCCAGAUAGGUUUUGUUUUACCAACUAUUGUUCCUCCUUGUGACAUUGACUUCUAUACCAGAUUGGCCUCUUCAGGUUCUUAUUGCAAUCAUUGGAAUACAUGCAUAGUGCUUCCCUUCAGAUCAAAUCUCUUGGAACGGUCUGGCGAAGAGAACAUUAUGUCAAUGUUUGCUGAUCUUCAUCCAUCUUUGCUGCUUUUUCUUCAUCGUCUUCACUGUAUCAAAUUCCGAAAUAUGCUAAGUGAUUCUAUUGUUGUUAUGAGGAAAGAAGCUGUGGGAAAUGGUAUAAUUAAGGUUUCCUUCGGAGAGGAGAAAUUGACUUGUUUUGUAGUAUCCCAGAAAUUGCGGGCUGACGCUAUUCGUCCUGAUACCCCAACAACAGAAAUCUCCAUAGCGUUUACAUUGCAGGAAACGCUUGAUGGAAGCUACAACCCACAACUGGACCAACAACCUGUUUUUUCAUUCCUUCCUCUGAGAAAAUAUGGCCUGAAGUUUAUACUUCAGGCUGAUUUUGUACUCCCUUCAUCCAGGGAAGAAGUUGAUGGUGAUAGUCCUUGGAACCAGUGGUUGUUGUCAGAGUUCCCUGGCUUGUUUGUUAGUGCAGAGAGGUCCUUUUGUGAUCUGCCGUGUUUUAAGGAUAAUCCAGCAAAAGGUGUUACAGCUUAUAUGAGCUUUGUUCCCCUUGUAGGGGAGGCUCAUGGUUUCUUUUCUAGUCUUCCUCGGAUGAUCCUUUCUAGAUUACGCACGUCAAACUGCUUGAUAAUAGAAGGUAUGGAUAAUGAGUGGGUUCCUCCAUGUAAAGUUUUGAGAAAUUGGACCCAAGAGGCUCGUAACCUUUUGCCUGAUAGUUUGCUUCGCAAGCAUCUUGGUGUUGGUUUCUUGCAUAAAGAUAUAGUUCUACCAGAUUUAUUAGCCAGGGCUCUAGGAAUUGAGGAAUAUGGACUCAAAGUUCUACUUCAGGUUGUAAAUUCUUUAUGCUCUUCGGGCGAUGGUCUAAAGUCAAUGGGUUUGGAAUGGUUAUGUAUGUGGUUAAAUGCGUUUUUCACAAUGUCAUCAAAUGGAAAAAACUCAGCAGAUUUUGGGAUUGAAUCGCAUCUCAUGAAGGAACUCAAGAAAACUCCGUUUAUUCCCCUUUCAGAUGGUAGAUAUGGAUCACUGGACGAAGGUGCACUUUGGUUGCAUGUUGAUUCAAUGGGCACUGCAACUAAUGAUGAGUGUUCACCAGAAACUUUCUCAAUAUUGUAUUCAUCUCUUAGAACUGUGAGUCCUGCACUUCUUUCUACGGCUGCUGCUCUUGGCACGUCAUGCUCCGAAUCAUCAAUAGUAGAUAAUGUUACCAGGAUGCUGUACAGAAUUGGUGUCCAACGUUUAUCAGCACAUCAAAUAUUAAAGAUGCAUAUUCUACCAUUUCUCUACAGAGAGCAAAAUGAACAAGGACAUAGAGAAACAAUGACAGAAUAUCUUGCCUUCUUGAUGUUGCACUUACAGUCCAGUUGCCCUGACUGUCAGUCAGAAAAGGACCAAAUUAUCGGUGAAGUGCGCGACAAUGCUUUCAUAUUGACAAAUCAUGGUUGCAAACGUCUUGUUGAGUUUCCUAUCCAUUUCAGCAAGGAAUUCGGAAAUCCCAUUGAUAUGAGUAGAUUAAUACAUGGAUUAGAUCUUGAAUGGCUUGAGAUUGAUGAUAUGUUCUUGAAACAUCCAAUCAAUAAAUCUUUAACUGGAGGUCUAUUAAAGUGGAGAAAGUUUUUCCAGGAAAUUGGAAUCACUGAUUUUGUACGAGUUCUUCAAGUUGAAAAAAGUAUUUCUGAUGUAUGCUCUGUUUCCAUGAAUGCAACAUGGGAUAAAGAUUUGAUUUCCAAAGGAUCAAUUGCGAAAGAUUGGGUGUCUGAAGAGUUUGUCAAUUUGCUUUCACGAUUAUCUUCAGCACGUGACAAGGAAAAAAGCAAGUACGUCUUGGAGGUGCUUGAUAGUUUGUGGGAUGAAUAUUUCUGUGACAAGGUUACUGGUUUCUAUUUCAGUUCCACAGGAGAAAGGAAAAUAUUUGACUCUUCAUUCACCAGAAUCCUCCUUGAUGUUCUCUGGUUAGCAUCACGUAUGGAUAAUGAGCUCCACCGUCCAAGGGAGUUAUUCCAUGAUUGUGAGGCUGUGCGCUCAAUUUUUGGCGACAAUGCUCCUUAUGCCAUUCCAAAGGUGAGAAGCGAAAAGUUGGUAACAGCUCUUGGCUUGAAAACACAAGUUACAGUUGAUGACACUUUAGCAAUUCUUAAAGUUUGGAAAUCUAAAGUACCUUUGAGUGCUAGUUUAUCACAAAUGUCAAAGUUCUACACUUUCAUCUGGAGUAGGAUGAGUACUUCAGAGAGAAAAGUGGUUGAAGAAUUACUCGAUGGACCUUUUGUGUUUGUCCCUUGUAAGUUGGUUGCUUCACAUGAAGAUGUUGUGCCUGGUGUUCUUUUGUCAUCUAAAGAAGUCUUUUGGCAUGAUUCAACUGGUUCGGUGGACCAAGUGAAGAUGGUAUGCCCGAAAUUUGAUCUACAUUCAGUUCAGCACCCUUUCACCAAAAUGUUAUGUAGCAUGUAUCCAGCCCUUCAUGACUUUUGUGUGAAAGAAUGUGGAGUGGAUGAGCUCCCUCAUUUCCAUGGAUAUCUUCAAAUAUUGCUACAGUUGUCAGCUGCUGCUUUACCUUCACAAGCAGCUAAGAAUGUCUUUCAUAUAUUUCUCAAGUGGGUUGACGAACUAAAUUCAGGAUCUUUGAGAUCUGAAGAUAUUAGUUUCUUGAAAGAAGGUCUUUUGAGGAUGGAUUAUCUGGUUCUCCCAACUGCAGAAGAUAAAUGGGUAUCUCUGAACCCAUCCUUUGGGCUCAUCUGUUGGUGUGAUGAUGAUGAGUUGAAGAAGGAAUUUAAGUAUUUUGAUAAUAUUACGUUUCUCUACUUUGGGCAACUCAAUGAUGAGGAGAAGGAGAUUCUCCGAACAAAAGUUUCAAUGUUCAUGCACAAAUUAAGCAUUCCUUCUCUAUCAGAGGUUGUAACUCGUGAAGCAAUAUAUUAUGGUCCAACAGACUCUAGCUUGGCAGCUUCAGUAGUUAACUGGGCUCUUCCAUAUGCUCAGCGCUAUAUUUAUAACGUUCAUCCAGACAAGUAUUUGCAGCUCAGCCAGUCUGGAUUUCAGAACCUGAAAUGCCUACAGAUUGUUGUUGUAGAAAAGUUGUUCUACAGGAAUGUUAUAAAAAGCUCUCACAUAGCAUCAAAGAAACGGUUUGAAUGCAGUUGUCUACUAGAGGGAAACAUUUUGUAUGCAACUCGAGAAUCAGAUUUUCACUCAGUGUUCUUGGAGCUUUCUCGUUUGUUCUCUUCUGGAACUUCUGACUUGCAUUUGGCAAACUUUCUUCAUAUGAUCACAACUAUGGCCGAAUCAGGUUCCACUGAGGAGCAAACUGAGUUUUUCAUUUUGAAUAGCCAGAAAAUGCCUAAACUUCCUGCAGGUGAAUCUGUUUGGUCAAUCGCAAAUUUUCCAUCGUCAACAGAUAGUGAGAAAGGGCUGCUGAUUAGUUCUUCUGGAACAAUUAAUGGGAUUAACCCUAUGAAUUUCAUGAAGAGACCUGGAAUCAACUCAAACUGGCCACCUACAGACUGGAAAACUGCUCCUGGUAGUGUAACGAAGACACAGGCAGCCAGUGGCAUCCAAGCGAAAGAGGAGGGGGCUGUGGAAGAAGUUGUAAUUAAAACAUGUGCACUGGCACCAACUGAGAUCACUUUUGUGGAGAAUGCGGACAAUGAUCCAGCAUCAGCUGCAGCUUUACUAGGUUCACAAGAUGCUGAUCAUGUGUGUAAUGUACUUGUACCUGUUACUGUGGAAGUGGCAUUUGAUCCUCCUCAUCCCACAACUGCACCACAUGACUCGAAAAAUAGUUCAUCUGAUGUGACAGAAAGAGAUCAGCUGUAUGUAGGCACAACUGACCCGCAACAGGCAAUGUUAACUGGCAGACACGGAGAAUUUGUUGCUUUCAAAUACUUUGUGGGGAAACUCGGUGAGCCUUUUGUGAAAUGGGUCAAUGAAACCAAUGAGACGGGGCUUCCCUAUGACCUUGUUGUGGGGGAUGACGAAUACAUAGAAGUAAAGGCAACUAGAUCGGCAAGAAAGGAUUGGUUCCACAUUACCUCGAGGGAAUGGCAGUUUGCAGUUGAGAAAGGUGAAUCUUUUAGCAUUGCCCAUGUUGUAUUUUUGCCCAAUGAUUCAGCAGCAGUGACGGUAUACAAAAACCCAAUCAGACUCUGUCAGCGUGGUAAACUUCAGUUAGCUCUUUUAAUGCCAAAGUCAUGAUACUUUUUAAGAUGUACAUUACAUUAGGAUGAGACACUUAUUUCUGUUACUUCAUACAAUCAUACAAGAAGUUAUUCAACUGGACUAAAGUAUAAGGAGAUGAUAGAGAAUAUGGUUUGAAGUGACUAGGCCUUCAUUUCGGCUGCCUGCUGAGCAGCGCGUCCUUUUGAUAGAGCUGCAUUUGAGAAUUUGCACUAAAUAUUAUUGGCCUUAUAUUGUCGAGAAGCUUGAGCUGGACCCCGGGCACCAAUAAUUUCAGCGAACUGCUUCCAGUAUACUGUAAAGUCUCAUUUUAGAAACGACAGCUGAUAGCAUAAUGUAGAGGAAGAUGUUCCUUGUAAUUAUAUUCUUAAUUACAUCAUUGAUUGAACUAAAAUUGGUAUACUAGAUUGCCGAUGGCGAAUACAAAUUGAGCUUAUUGUGAAUUGGGCCAACAAAUUGGGCAGUAUUUUUCUCUCUUAUAAAUUGUGAAAAUUUGUAAUCUAUGCAAUUUGUCUUGCCAGUUGAUCAAA